AUGGCAGAAGAGCUUCUCGGGUGGGAGUCGUCUCCGGCGCCGGCGCCGGCGCCGGCACCGGCACCACCGCCGCCGGCGGUGCAAGGCAGCGCCUUUAGGAGGUACGGGAGGGAGAGACGGAGAGUGGGUGGCGGCGGCGGCGGAAGGGUGAACAUCCACCGGAGGAUGAUAGAGUAUCUGAGGAGGAUGCCGGUGCAGAAGAGGGAGAAGGAGGUGGAGUGCAGCAGGAGUAUGCGGCACAUGAUGAGGGAGCGGCAGCGGAGGGAGAGGCUCAGCCAGAGCUACGCAGACCUCUACCACAUGAUACACCCCCAGCCCAAGGUCCCCCAUCUUUCCUUCUUCUGUCAAUUACCUACUUGAAUCUGAGGAGAGAGAGAGAGACUCGCCAAUUAGCCUCUUUCUGAGGGCAUUUCUUCUUUUCUCUAGAUGAUUCUCUUCUCCACAUUGUAGGUGGAGGUAGUGAAGAGAGAGAGAGAGAGAGAGAGGAGAGAGAGAGAGAGAGAGAGAGAGAGAGAGGAAGAGAGCUCAUCAAUUGGGCUUCUUUUCUGAUGAGGGCAUUCAUUCUCUGUUCCAUCUGAUCUUUUUCUCCCCAGCGGAGACGGAGAGAGAAUAAGACAAUGAGAGGGGGGGAGGGGAAAUUAGAGAUGGAAAAUCCCAUCAAUUGGCCUUCUUUCUGAGGCAAUCCCUUCCUCCCCUCUGAUUUUCUCCUUCCCAUUAUAGAUAGAUAGAUACAUGUGAGAAGGGGGGAGAGAGAGAGAGAGAGGAAAAUGGCAGCGGGUGAACCCAAUGAAUCGGCCUUGUUCCAUCUAUAAACAUCCGCCUAUUACUCACAGACUGACAAGAACUCCAUCGUCCUGGCGGCGGCGUCGUACGUCUGGGGACUGAAGAGAACGAGGGACGCCCUCCAUCGGCGACACCAGGAACUCCGGUCCGCCGCCGCAGCCAUGGGCGACGAGAGGACCGAAGGCGCCACCAUCCGAUUCCGCGUCGGCAACCCUUCCUCCCCCGUUGACUCCAUGAUCGCCGCCCUCCAGAGGCUCAAGAGCAUGGACGUCAAGGCCAGGUCCAUCCGCUCCAUCGCCGGCGACCGUGAGCUCUCCGCCGUCAUAGACGUCCAAACCGAGGUCAGUUCCCAUCAUCAUCUUCUCUCUAUUACUGCUUUAUAUGCUUAAUUAUAAUCCUGCAAGAUUUGAUAAUAUCUUCUCUCGAGUAUUUCCAGGUUCACCAAUAUGCAAUAACUAAUAAUAAAUAAAUAAAUAAAUUGGUUUUUUCUGUAUGGUAUAGGGUUUAUAAGAAUGCCUAUAAUAUGAUGUUAAUUAUCAUUAUCUACGAACUAUAAACAUUAUAUUCUCCAAACCCGCGUUGACAAAAUAUAUACCUAUAUAUGUUGUUUCUUAAGGUCAACAUAUCCUUGCGAGUGGAUAAUUCUGAGUGAUUUUACUCUUUUGGAAAAAUAGCAGAUGACUACGAACGAAGUGGAGACGACGGUCCAGCAGGCCCUUGUUGAAGUGGAGUGGAAGCUUCGGAAUUGUCCAAAGUCAACGAAAAUGUUCCGACUGGGUCCACCUGAUGUCGGCCGAUGA